UCCGUGUUUUCUUUCGCCACAACGUUUUUCUUUUCCUCUGACUAAAACCGUAACCAUCUUCUCUCUCUACACAUUUUCGACGUUCUAUGGCCAAAUCCGCCGCACAGAAAACCUACCCACCGCCGUCGCCGUCGCCGUCGCCAUCACCUGCUAAUCUCUGCCGUAGAAGCUUGAUUCCCUCCUCCGCCAUGCCUCCGCAAAACGGCACCCUUUCCCCUGCUCCACCGCCGUCCCCUAUUGACUUGAGGCUCCUCUCCAAGUCCUCUUCUCAAUCCUACACCUCCCUCAAGGACAUCCUUCCCUCCUCCGCCGUCGCCGUCAACUCUCCCACCGCCGCCUCCCCCGCUAACUCCGGCUACGAAAUCUUGAUCCGCAACCGCCUCGUUAAGCAGGCCGCUUGGGCUUAUCUCCAACCUAUGUCCGCUUCUUCCUAUUCCGCUGGCCCCAAUCUUUUCCACGGUUUCUGGCUCCGAUUCUCUACCGGCAAUCCGAUCUCCAGUUGUCUCGGAUUCAUCAGAGGCUGUAUCAUUCCGUCAAUAAUCCGAGUAUUCCGGUCCUGCAUUUGCCUAUGACGGCGUGGUUUUCUCGGGAUUUUGGAUUGGCCUAUUGACGACGACGACGACGACGACUUCUUCAGCCGCUCUUUCUCACAUUUACAAACAUCUAUGAUUGUGGUUUAAUUCGCCUUAAGCGAGCUCGAACCGCUGG